ACAAUAUUCUUUUCUCCAUAAAUAUCUUUCACAAAUCCUUCAUCCAUUUCUCUCCCGGUCUUGUCUCUAUAAAAGAAAUCCGCCAAUUACCGAACAAAGUUCGACACAAUCCUUCUUCCCUUUCCAUACACAGUGUAGUUUUACAGUACACGAGACCGCUUUAGCCUUUCCUGCUCUCCAAACUCACCGGUAAACCACCACAAAAAGGGAAAGUAUGAGGUCGUUAGAGUCGCUUUUCCUAUCUCAUCCGAACGCCCCGCAAAGCUGUUUAAGGGGGACUGGGAGUGAAGCUGGAAGAAACCCAGUUCCCAAAAUCUCGAAACUUCCACUGGGUCGUUCCAAAAUAAAGUCUUUAGCUGUGAGGAUGAGCUUGGUUACUUCUAGUGGCGGGACAGGGAAGAAGAACCCCCAUGGGAUUGGAGAAGACGACGGCGUGAUCAUCGUCGACCAUGGAUCGCGGCGGAAAGAAUCGAAUCUCAUGCUAAAUGAGUUCGUGGCUAUGUUCAAGGAUAAAACAGGAUACCCAAUUGUGGAGCCGGCUCACAUGGAGCUGGCGGAGCCAUCUAUCAAAGACGCGUUUGACAUUUGUGUCCAACAAGGUGCGAAGCGUGUUGUUGUCAGCCCGUUCUUCCUUUUCCCAGGACGCCACUGGCACCAGGACAUUCCUUCAUUAACUGCUGAAGCUGCAAAAGAACACCCUGGCGUACCAUAUCUCAUAACUGCACCUCUCGGCUUGCAUGAACUGCUCGUGGAUGUUGUGAAUGAUAGGAUCAAUUACUGUUUGAGUCAUGUAGCCGGAGAUGUCAAGGAAUGUGAAGUUUGUGUCGAUACAAACAAAUGCAAGUUCAAUAGCCACUGAGCAGGAAUGGCAUAUCGACUUACGGCAGUCGAAGGUUAUCAACUAGAACAUUUGUUUUGUCCUGAUGGAAAACUAGCACAUACUGUAUAAGCAUCAGCAGGAUUACAUGCUCAACCUCUUUUGGGUCUUUGCUGUAUUUAUGUGCACAAUCGUGAGCAAUAAAAUUUCUAACUUUCUCUGCACUUGGAUCAAUUUCUAACUUCCAAUAAAUUCCUUUGAUGCUUCAUCAGUUUCUGUCUUCUGUAGCAAGUUUCAGUUAAAGGUUUCAUUGAUCAAAUUCCAGAUUGACAAGAAUGUCCACAUCUUGAGGUUCAUGCUAGCAUCAGCUUGAGCAGGCUCUUGCCCUGCAGUUCAGUUGUUAUUCGUCAGUACAAGUGACAAUAUGAUAUACUGUGGAAUCAACGAAUCGAGCAAAAAUCCCAAGUCUUCUCCUUCCCUGCCACGCUUCGGCUCUUGCAGCUCCUGUUCACUGUUGUGGCGCUUCUCUGCCUCCGCCUAAUUCGUGGAGAUUCAACCAUAAAACAGAUUUGUUUUUCCUUAGAUAUGAUAACUCAGAGAAAAAGAAAAGGAAGAGAGAGUUGGUUUCCUUCACCUCGAGGUGCUGCUGCUUAUUUGAAGUGAAGAAGCACUAAAUCCUGUUUGAAUUCUGAUGGGUUUCAGCACUGAGAACUCUGAUCGGGGAGAGGUUGGUUUUUUCUUUCCAGCACCCGGUAUAAGAACAGUUUGAACUUUGAAGAUUCAAGAUAUUGGAAUAUGAAAUUAUUUUAUGGCUACUCCCACGGCCUGUCUUACAAGAAAUGUGCGCGGCAUGGCGGUCGUCAGGAUUCACUUGUGAGGCGCAAGAACGGGAUAUGUCGAAUCCGUUAGGUUGCCUUAGCUAUUUGCGCUGAACUAUUUGCUUCGAUUGUGAACUCUUACAAAUUCCAAAGUAUAAGAGUUCUUAAUUUCAGUGAGUAGUUCUUUCUUUGUUGGUUGCUUCCUUAUAACUAAAGAAUUGGGAU